UUCACUGUCGGUUCCACGGCAACAAAUAAUUCGAUGACGCUCCCAAACUUCCCGUUCAAGGCUAUCCAAGAUCGGUGGGAUUUGGAGAUGCCGCGCCACCGGCGGAACGCGGACAUUUCGGUGUACCGGGAGUUUAUGGCGCGCUAUGACCCGCUGCUUAGUACAACAGAGGUUGGCAAGGAUAACGCCAAGGCCGUUUACCAUCGCAAAGUUGGCAAUUUUGCCUACUUGGAAAAACGGUUCGACGACGCGCUGUGGUCGUACAACCGGAGCAUUUGCUUCGCGGAGAACCUUUCGGAACACCUGGGAAUCGGCUACGCCAAUCGAUCCGCCAUCUACUACGAAUUGGGAGAGUACGAGGUUGCGUUGUACAACAUCGAUCUGGCCAGAAAGAGCAACUAUCCGGAAAGGCUGCUGCCAAAGCUGUUGGCACGAGAGGCCAACUGCAAGGAACGCCUCGCCGGUGGACACUCGAAAGGCACUGUCCCACUCCCGGUCGUGGACAUCAACGUUGAUGUUAAUCCCAAGAUACCCUUCAUGGCCAAGGGCAUCCACAUGAAGGAGUUCGGAGAUAUGGGUCGUGGUCUGGUGGCCGAGCGCGACUUCAAAACCGGAGACGUUAUUCUGGAUGAGAAGAGCGAUCUCUGUUCACUGUCGUUUGUACGGAGCUUCGUUGAGUGUGCCCAUUGUGGAUCCGCUUUUCUAAACAGUUUGAUUCCGUGCUCGCUUUGCUUCGCGGUCAUGUACUGUGGCGAGAAGUGUCGCGAGGAAGAUUUACGGAUUACGCACCGGUUCGAAUGCAGCGUGGUCACAAAGCUGCUGAAUGUGGCCAGUGAUAAUAUGAUGAUGAUGCCAAGGCUGUUCUUUUACGGGCUUACGGCAUUCAACGACAACAUCGACCAAAUGAUGAAGUACUGCCUACCGAAUGCUGCCGUCGGUUCCAACCCCCUCGAGCUGGACUUCACCCAUCCAAAUCCGUUGGAUGUGUUCAAGGUGUUGCAUCAGGCCAAACCAAAUCGCAACAACUCCAAUCUUGAACACAACUUGAAGCUGAGCGCGACGGCUUUCUACUUGGUCUUCAUGAAGAACCCGCUGGUUCAAUCGAUCUUCCGUACCGAAGCUCAGCGCAAUUUCAUGCUUCGCUGCCUCUUGAUUCACGGUCGCGCGACCUCAUCGCUGCUUCUUGGUAGAGAAAACGGAGAUGCUGGAUUUUUGGCAGCACUGCCCCCCGUCGCGUCUCUCAUCAACCACUCGUGUGACCCCAACGUGAUCUCCGUGGUCAAUUCCGGAAGAAUCAAAAUCAUCGUGCUACGUCCCAUCCAAAAGGGUGACCAGAUUCUCACCAGCUAUGCUCCCGCCUGGUGGGAUGAACACGAUGGCAGCACGUUGGAUUUCGACUGCAAGUGCGUGGUGUGCGAUCGUGGACCGGAAGGGGCCAAGUGGCGCAACGCGCGUGAGAAAAAACGUAUAUUGUCAUCCGAAGCAACGCGCGAAUGGAUCGGUGGAGGCGAAACGCAAGAUUUGAUCAAAUUUCAACGCUUGGUUCAGAUACUCGCACGUGACGGCCAUCACCCGGGAAAGCUGUUCGGAGAGACGGUGAAGAUUUACUACGACAAGCUGUUCGAUGAGGUUUGUGCGGAGAACGCAAAGCGCAACCGGGCCAAGGUGCAGCAGAUUGGUGGAAACUGAUUUUGAACCAACGAUCGCAAGCGGUUCGGCUCUUUCAAGAACUUACAUCUUAAUCUUACUCUGAAAUGAU